CCAAAGAUGAUCAACCCUUCGGAACAGGGUACAGUUGAAGUCAAAGGAGUCACUUGGCCGCAUAACACUUCUGUCUAACGGAUUUCCUUGUUGAUCGAUGUCCUGAAUGACGUAAUCGAUUCCAUAGUGCAUCGGUAUCGGUGUAUCGACGGAGAAAAACCAUAUAUAUCCUGGGUUCGACGGGAAUAAACACCUGACACCAAACACGUUACACGUUGCCAUCACAAUCAUGUCUUUCCUCACCCAGCUCUCCAAGCGCACCUUUACCACCUCCCUCGCCCAAUUCUCCAAAGCCAUGAACUCCGAAACGAUCUCCACGAUCACCGCUGCCGAGAAGGAAAUCACCGGCGAGGACCAUGCCGUGAAGGAUGGACCCACUGCUCGUGCACAGCAGCACGCGAAUGAGCCCAUCACGAGUCAGGUGUUGCAUGAUGUUACGGAGGGGGAGAAGAGAGUUACUGGGGAGGAUCAUGCGAUCAAGGGCGGGCCUACGUCUGUUGCGCAGUCCGAACUUUCGGCUUCACGUCAGGGCGGACAGGGCAGUCAGAACGAGAAUCAGACCACUUCUGCGUCUGGAUCCACAGGAUCUGGCAAAGUCGACUCGGUUACCCUCUCCGCUGUUAACGAUGCCGAAUCAAAGUUGACUGGUCAGCGCAAACCUGUCGCUGAUGGUCCCACGGCGCAGGCUCAGGGUCAUGCCAACAACCCUAUCACCAGUCAGGUUCUCCAUGACAUUACUGAAGGAGAGAAGAGGGUCACUGGCGAGGACCACGCUAUAAAAGGUGGACCUACCGCUAAGGCCCAGAGUGCUUUGUCUGAUGCCAGGAAAUAAGCCGGGAAAAAUGAUGAGGGAGUGUACGAUUAGAUUGGAUACCAUCAUCACCAGGUGUGCAUUAAAAGUAUGAUAUGUAGCAUGAAUGAAGAAGCUUGCAUCC